GAUGUCUGAACAGUAAAAAUUGUUGUCAUCUCGUAUUAUUCCGAAUAUUCAACAAAAUGUCUGAUAAUCGAAAUCCAUCAUUCGAUAUUUUAUCCGAAGCAGUGAAGUCUAUUCAAAAGUGUCUACAAUGUUCGAUUUGUUUGGAUAUGCUUUCUGCAGCAGUGAAAACAAAGUGUGGACAUUCUUUUUGUCGUCCUUGUUUAAAACCAGUAUUAAGUAGAAGACAUCCUAAAUGUCCUCUAUGUAACAAUGUUAUACAAAAAAGACAUAUUAAAAAGAACUUGAAUAUACAGAAGUAUAUUAAUCAUUUCAAUCAUCUUGUUCGUGCUAUUCGUCAAGAUACAAACACCGACAUACUCUCUUAUACAAGAUUUCCACAAAACACGAGAGAAGCUUGUACUACGUCGAAUCGUCAAAGACGUAGUAGAGCAAGUGCAACGAUCACGAGGGGAAAUAGAAGAACUAUUGCAAAUACCCCAGUGAUCGUUGAGAGAAAUACCCCUAUUCCCUUGGAAGAACAGCCAAGCACCUCGCGUCAAGUCGUAGAAGGUGAAAGAAGCAAUGUACGUAGAGAACAAAAGAAUAAUACAAAGAAAACUGUCUCUACAAAUGAAACAAAAGUGAGACGUUUGGUGGUCACUGAAGAUACAUCCGGCAUUACUACUCGUCAGUGGCGGAGAAAAAAUGUAUCUUCGACCAACACAAACUCUCGACAAGAAAAUAGAGUAAGCAAUAGGGGGCAAAAUUUACCUAACGCUGAACAAUUUGAAAAUCCUAGCAGUAGAAGAACUUGUAGUUCGAGCAAUACUGCACAGAUAUCUAAUAUUUCCACAAUACCAUCCAGUAGUACUACCAGCUCGAGUCGUUUAGUACAAAGUGGAAAUAACGUAAAGCAAAAAACUUCAAUCUUGACAAAAAGUCAAGGUAUGGUUAAAGCAAAAGAAAAAACCAGAAAGAAAAUUGCAACGCCAUUUCUUUAUGAAGAAAUGCAGAACGAUCUUAGACAACUUAAACUACAAUACCAAGCGAUCCAAGCGAGAGCAAGGUCACCUUUGGAUAUAGAAACAUUCUUACAGAAUCCUUACGACAUUGCGACUACGAGUAUCGAUGCAAGCAGUUCAACUAGAGAAUUAGAGCCUGUUAAUGCAACUAACGAACCUGUGAACAGGAUCGUUAAAGUUGGAAGGAAAAUACAAAUAAAAGAGGUAAGAAGAAAUUCAUUGAACAUCGACUUACCAAGUACAAGUAGUUCAACGAAUAUGUUAGACGAUUUAUUCGUAAUAAAAAAACUACCUAGGAUAUCGUCAGCGAUAUCGUCAACGGUCUCGUCAACGAUAACACAAGUUGUAUCGUUAGGUCAAGAAAAGAAAAACGAAUUGAUUGAAAAUGUGAUUGUUCAUCGAGCAAACGAUGAUCAAGUGUUUCCUUCUACUUCUACUCACAAUCUAUUUAUUUGGAAUAAACAGCCAACAAAUAAAUAUGAGCAGAAGUUUCCUCAAAAUACAAUUAUUUCUUUGGAAGAAGGAACACAAAUACCAUUAAAUUUGCCUCGUGUACAGAUAGAUGACAUUACCGAUAUGGAUAACGUCAAUAUAUCUACGAAUGAUGACACAAAUCGUAUAUCUCAAUCGAAUCGAGAAAUACUUCCAAGGAGAUUGUUAAUGGAAAAAAUAGACAAAUCAAUGAAUUCAACGAUUACCAACAUCAGACAAUGUGAUCAGAAAACUGCACCUGUCAGAGUAAAUCGUUGUGAUAUUUUACCUAAAAAUACAAUUAUACUAUCUCCUGGAAUGAAACAAUAUAAACCGAUAAGAAUCAGCGAGAAUAUAGAGCUGACAAAUCAAAUAAUGAAACCUUACGAGUCGAUAUUUAAGAGAAAAAGUUCAACGAUUGUUAGUACAUCUAACGAAACUUCUGUAUCAUCCAGCACAUCUCAAUUAUCGGUCGUCAGAUAUAAUCCGACGAAAGAAAUGAAUCAAAAAAAUACAUUAUCCACAGAUAUUUCUCCAGGUGUUGCCAUUAACGAUAGAGGAAUCGUUAGCAACGUAGCAGAGAAAUUAGACAUGGAUAAAAACGAAAGCAAUAUCAAAGGGAAAGAGAGAAAAAAUCAUAAGCCUAUCGAACUGACGAAUACUUCAGAUGCUGAUAUGAAUGAAACGUCUAUCGUACCAUUACAUAAGUACAGCAGAUUGCCGGAAGAAAUACAAGAAAGUUCGCCGAACAAACCAACGCAAGAUUCGUUAAACAUUCCUUUAAAUACCAGCAUCGUAAACGAACAAAAUAUUAAAUCCGACGAAUCUCCGAAGAAAAAUGUAGAAGAUAUUUCUGAAGAAACGAAUGAACCAAGAGACAUUAAUACAAGUGAGAUUCGUUCGGAACCGACAGGUGUAGUUAGAAAGAUAACUACGGGAAAUGACACGCAGUUAAACUUUCUCAAUUGGCAGUCGGCAACGCCAAUAAAGUUGAAAAUUUCUCAUGAUUUGACACUUUCAAAAUUUCGAACGGGACCCAAAAGGGCGGAUGAUCUAUCGGUACAAACGAGUGAUAAAAUAAAUACACCAGCUAUCAAGAGAGCAAGGGAGGAUAAAAAAAUAAGAGAAUCAAACAGCAGUAGUAACAAUGUUGAUUCGAAUAAGAGCAAGCCCUCCGACUCGGAUACUAAUGACGAUUUUAUAGGAAUAAAGGCAAAUAUAAAAAGCAAUAACAAACUCGGUUUAGAGUCUGCUAAAAAUAUGCCUAAGAAGAGAGCAAGAAUAGACAUAAUGAAUGAAAUAAUAACAAUUGAUUCCGAUUCAGACUUCGAUAACAGUCUAAUAAAGAAAAGAAAGACAAACAGCAUAAAGAAUGAAAAUGACGAAGAAGUCAAAACUGAUAAAAAAGAAAAGUGUACAAUCUUAAAAGAUUCGACUGACAUUAAUUUCAUAAUGGAAAUCAUAAAUAAUUGGUGUAAUAGUUUGAAUAUGUCACAAAACUUCAUUGGAGCAAAUGAAUUACAGAAGUUGAAGGAAAAAUUAAUGUCGAACAAACCAAUGACAAUGACUUCGCAAAGUAUUGAUUGGCAAAAGCCCAAUACAUCUGCUACAGCAACAAAUGAAUGUGAGAAACCAGAAGAAUGGAACAAUGACAUUAUAGACAAAGAGAGAUCAAUUAGAACAAAUGAAAAGAAGAUCACAUGGAAUGAAAAUCAAAACGUAAAAGAGAUUGAUCGAUCAAACAAAGUCGACAAUAUAAGAGAUACUUUAAAGAAUUUCUUCUCAGAUAAAAACAUUGUUAGCAGUACGCAAGAGUUAAAUACAGAUCAACAUGAAAUUCCUUCAUCAACAAUAUCCUACGCUCAAAUCAAUGAAGUCAAUUUAAACGCCAAUACGUCCAAAGAAAAUUUACAGAUGGACAAGGAAGAUAAUACAAUGAUCAAAAAUUUCAAUAGUUCCAACGAAAAGAAUAAAACUGCUAAGAACACGACAGAUGAUGUUCAAGUACACACGACUGAAAACGAUAGUAUCAUGAACAAACAAAACGCCGAAGAUAAACAGACAACAUUGAUAAUAUCUGAGAAAGAAGAACACGAGAAUGAUAGAGGCAAAGACCAAAGUACGGAAAAACAAAAAGAUAUCUUGUCUGAUUGCGAACAACUGACAAAAUAUGAUUCUUUCUUAAACAUAACACAAGAUCAACUUUUACUCAAUGCUCUUGAAGAAGAUCUCUUUAGUAUUAUCGAUUUAAUGACUUCAGAAGAGUCAACAAAUACAAAACCAUUGUCUCAAGAAGACGAAUUAAACAGUUUAUCGCAACGAAUUAAACCAUCAAAAUCCACAAACGAUCUCGAAGAAGAAAUGAAUCUUGCUAACAAAGAUGCUGAAAAAAUUCCUACUGACAAUAAAACAGUCAAAAAAACACAGCAAUCUGAUAAAAAAUCUAUGGACACAGUUGAUCUCUGUGAGAUAACUAAAGUAGGAAAAUGUUCGACCAUACCAAAAGCUAUACCAUCAUCAAGCAGAAGCUUUCAAGUUGAGAAGAUAGUGACGACGAAUAAGACAAACGUGUCAUCCUCAUCAGAAGUUCCUAAAUUUCAAAUCAGCACAAAUACAAAUAAAAAUAAGGUCCAAGUGUGUCAUCAAAAGAUAUUUAAAACGAACCAAACGGCUCAUAACCGUGAUGAAGGAGAGAGCUCUUCCCUAAACGAGAAUGAAAAAUCUCUUGAAUCACAGUCGAAUUCCAAUACGGAGACUGUUAGGACGAGGGCUAGCACGAGCAGGCAAAAUCAAUUGAAAGAUAUAUGUCUCAUUUGGAGUAACCUGACGGUUAAUCAAGUCGAUUCAGUCAAACAAUUGUCAUCAAUGUUAAGUAUCAAAUGGACGAAAAAAUUUAAUCCAACGGUUACUCACGUAAUUGUUGGUAUAAACAACGACAACACAGUCACUAAAACUUUGAAGUUUCUGCAAGGCAUGGCCUAUAAAAAGUUCGUCGUUGGUUUUAAUUGGGUCACGGAUUGUUUAAAGGAAGAAACUAUAGUAAACGAAGAACCUUACGAAGUUCUUAACUUUUGUGCUCCUAAAACAACUCCUCCAAGAUCACGCAAUAGAGAAAACUUUUUCAAUGGAUUUACUUUUCUUUGUAUCGAACCUUUCCGAAGUAUAACAGUAGAUCAAUUCGAGGACUUAUUGAAAGCAUUGGGCGCUACGAUUGUUCAAACUAUGGAUGACUUUAUUACUGCCAAAGAAAAGUAUAAAAUUAUAUUGGUACAAAGCGGAGUGCAUACGGAUGAAAUUAUUGCAAGUUGGUACAAAGAAAUCAAGGCCAUAAUAAUUUCUAGCAAUUGGGUUGUGGAAUGUAUUAGUCAAUGUAAAUUGAUACCAUGUUAUACAUAUCUUCAUAAGAUUGUACAAAAAGAUACAUUAUCAUUAACAUAUCCGAAACAAAUGAUAGAACUUUUCUAGAAUUCCUAUUGGUCAGCAAUGAAAGUUUUUACAUACGUACAUACGUACAUAUGUACAUUACAGAAAGUAUUUCGAUUAUCGUUCAAAAGAGAAAGAAACAUGUUAAAGGAAAAUAAACGUUGGAAAUUCAACGAUGAGUGGAACGAGAGAAAGAAAGGAAGAGAAUCGACGGAAUUUCAUUUAUGGUGGAACUAUGGUGGGACCUUAAAAGACCUUAUAGGACUACGUGUCGAAGGAAUCGAAUUUUGUGAUAAAGAGAGAAAGAACUUUGUUCAUACUCGCUUCGAUAGCUGUCGUUUCCUGUUAAUUGGCAGUAACAGAUACGGCAAAAGCAUGAACGUUCAACAUCAAGAAACAAAGGACGAUGAGGGACAAGGAAGGGUUGAAAGUGAUGGUGGAAAUGUAAUAGUUUUGGAGUAAACCCAGAGAAGAACAGCACGCAACUGGUUUCUAGCAACGAAAAGAAAAGCUUUCUGUACUCGUUCGUCUAGUCGCUACCAGAGAGAGAGAGAAAAUUAUCACCUUUCUUUUCUCUCUCUCUCUUCUUCUUUUUCUCCUUCUUUGUCUUAUAUGGUACUUGCUUUUGUUAAUUGACAGCGAAUAGACGGACGAGUAGUUCUUUUUCUUUUUUCUUCUUCUUUUUUCUACCUUCUUAUAACUUUUUUUCAAGAUUUAAUUGUAACAUUGCUUUGACUUCCUCGAGAACUUGACUUCUAUCAUAAUGUUGCGCAACGUUUCGUUAUUUGUUAUCGUCAUUAUCGUUUGCUUCAUAUCGUUUCGUUCGUUUUCAUUUAUA